UAUAUUUAUAGACGAUAAUGCGUCAGCUGAUACUAGUGAUACUACUCAGUUGUUCAAGUCUUCAAGUAUAAAUAAAUUCUUUGUUGGAAGGAAAGCAUGUUGAAUAUUUUUUAAACCUAAAUUUCCCAUGAUUACAUGGGAUUUCCUACAAUAGAACUUGAUUGAAGAUCAUAUUUACUUCUGACAAUUAAGCAUUUUGUUGUGUAGAUCUCUUUUUGUUAUUCUCAAUUGUUAGUAUGCUGAGAUAGCGAUCCAGGCUAUCGCCUCAAAAUUGGAAUAAUUUAAUUCUAUUUGUGUGCUACGAUCCACUUUGUUGUGUAUGAUCUGAUCUGAGAUAUUUAUAUAUGUAUUUCAUUUCAUGUACCAAUUAUUUACUUUACUCCGAAGAAUGCUAUGACUUCUAUAUUCUUUUCAUUGAAAAGUUUUGUGUACCGAAUAUUAAAUAUGUUUGGUUUUGGCCAAAAAACUAUCACAAAUCAUCUGAAUAUAUAUGUCAAAACAAAUACAGGAAAUUCUGUUUCUGUCGAUUUGGAUCGAAUGUGGGAUAUUAAGGAGGUGAAAGAAAUGGUUGCCCCUCAGUUGGGACUACAGCCAAAAGAAUUUAAAAUUAUUUUCGCUGGUAAAGAACUGAAAGACACAAUUACUCUUGCUGAAUGUAAUUUGGGACAAAGAAGUACUCUACAUGCAGUUAAAAUACGAAAAACAAUACAAGAUCCAGCAGGUGUCAUCAAAGAAGAAGAAAUUGGAUCUAAACCUCUAAAUGAAACACUACAAGAUACAUCAUUUUAUGGUAACGAAGAGACUCCUGGGAAUCAGGAAGAUCACUCUAAAGGAAAAGUCCAUUUUUAUGUUUAUUGCCCAACCUGUAAAUCACUCAAAAAUGGGAAACUUAGAGUUAUAUGUGAAGUAUGUAAAAGUGGAGCCUUUACAGUUUAUGAAGAUCCUCAAAAUUGGGACGAUGUUUUAAGGUCUAAGCAGAUACUUGGAUAUUGCGAAAAUGAAUUUUGCCAGUCAAAAAAGCAAUCUGAAAAUGAAGAGUUUACAUAUGCCGAAUUCUUCUUCAAAUGUUGUGAACAUGUUUCAUUAGGUGAAAAUGAUAGAACUGUUCCUUUGCACUUAAUAAAAACAAAUUUAAAAGAAAUACCAUGUUUAUCCUGUGGUGACGUGUGUAAUCCUGUUUUGGUAUUUCCUUGUAAAGAGCGCCAUGUUAUUUGUUUGGAAUGUUUCAAACAAUUCUGUAGUGUGAGACUAUCUGAAAGACAAUUCUGGCAACAUCCUGAAUUUGGUUAUACUUUAUCAUGCCCUAUAGGAUGUACUGAUUCUUUUAUAGAGGAGUUGCAUCAUUUUAGAUUACUGUCUGAAACUCAGUAUGCCCAGUACCAAAAAUUUGCAACGGAAGAGUUUGUUUUGAGGUCAGGAGGAGUAUUAUGUCCACAACCAGGUUGUGGGAUGGGCAUUUUGGUAGAUGAAGGAUGCAAGAAAAUUAGUUGUGUACAUGGCUGUGGUUAUGUAUUCUGUCGAGACUGUUUGCAAGGCUAUCAUAUUGGAGAUUGCCAAACAAAUGAUGAGAUAUCAGAUUCAGUCAGUUGUCUUUACAAUGUAGACCAUACAAAAGCCUCUAGUGCUAGAUGGGAUGAAGCAUCAAAAAUUGCUAUCAGAGUACUCACAAAACCUUGCCCAAAAUGUAGAACUCCAACUGAAAGGGAUGGAGGAUGCAUGCACAUGGUAUGCAGCCGAGCUGGAUGUGAAUUUCAUUGGUGUUGGGUGUGUCAGGGCCCAUGGACAAGAGAAUGUAUGGGAAACCAUUGGUUUGGAUAGGAGGUAUUUUCUUUUUUGUUUUGUUUGUGAAUUUAUUUUAUUAAAUUAUUGUUUUGAAUGAAAUAAUUUUAAUAUAACUCGAUAUUUUGAA